AUGGAGCUACAAAGUGACUCAUUAAGCAAAACUCGAAAUGUUCUUGAACGAAGAAAACGAUAUCAGGAGCUCAUAGAUCUAGGGCAUGAUCUUGCAAUCAGAACACAAACCGAAAAUGCAGUGGACAUUUUCGAAGGUGUGUCCUCGAUUUUAACACAAACAGAUUGCCUGAUGCAGCAAGGUGUCGAAUAUGAAAGAAUGGAGAAUGCUUCUGAAGUAAGCAUGAACGUACAGGUUGUGAAAAUGAGUCAUGAUUUGGUAGGAGCCGCUUUGCAGAAAAACGAGAGCUCGCAAUUUUGUGAUGAUGAACUUACAUCUACCAUACUGUCCAUUAUUGAUGGAGGUGAAACGCGAUGGGACAUGAUUGGAAAUAUUGGCAUAAAGGCGUUUCGCAUGUCGAAACAUGCGCCUUGUUUACUAGGAGCAUUCGAAUUUCAGUCUGCUCCGGUAGAGAAAACCGUCAAAGAACGUCGACGGCGUCAGCGUGCACAAUUGGGAGAAGCACGGAAACCCGAAACGGUGCACAAGUUAAAUCAGGAAGAAGCCGAUGCACGCAAGUUGCAAGACAUAAUGGAACAGUUGAAAAAUAUAUGCGAGAAACGAGGUUCAGCUGUACCCUAUUUUGAGCUCAUCACGGAUCCCGCGGACUACAUGAAUACGGUAGAUACAGCAUUCCAAAUUUCUUUUCUAAUACGGGAUGGAGCUGUUGCAUUGGAAACAAUUAAAAAUGUACUUUCUGUACGUCCCACCACCGAUAGGGAAAAACAGCAAAAUAAGAAAAACGAUGAUAAUAUUCAGGCAAUUCUUUCCCUUAACUUUUCCCAAUGGCAGGGUGCUAUCAAGCAAUAUCGUUUAAAAAGACCAAUACUUGUAAUAGAUCGUGAUUUGCUGGAUUCAAGCGUGGCUCAAUGAAACAACGGCGCAAAACUGGGCCUAUGUAUAUUAAUAAUCAUAAUUUAUGGGUACAAAUUACAACAAUUUUAUUAAUAUUAAAUCAGUAUUGUUUUUUUAA